CGUCCAUUCUUCUUCUCGUCUUUUCCCCUUCAUCUCUUCUGCCAGAGUCCGCUUACUCACACACGAAGAAAUACCUUAACAAUGGCGUUCCGGCUUCCCGCUCAGCUCGCAACGGUGCCAUCCAACGGCCAUUCUCAUCAGCUCGCCGCCGUUCCCGCGGCUUCUUCUUCACUCUCGUGGCGCCGCAAUUUAGUUCCUCACCUCCCUCUCUUCUCCCCAUCCCCUCCAUCUUCCGUCUCCGGGAAAUGCUACCUACGGCCGGCGGUGAGUUGCAAUGCGGCGAGUGCCGCGGCAGCUAAUUUGGCGCCGGGGACUCCCGUCCGCCCGACGAGCGUGCUCGUCGUCGGAGCCACUGGAACUCUCGGCAGGCAAGUCGUCAGGCGAGCGCUCGACGAAGGUUACGAAGUGAGGUGCCUCGUCAGACCUCGUCCCGCUCCCGCCGAUUUCCUCCGCGAUUGGGGCGCCACCGUCGUCAAUGCGGAUCUCAGCAGGCCGGAGACAAUCCCGGCGACGUUGGUUGGGAUUCACACGGUGAUCGACUGCGCCACUGGCCGUCCCGAGGAGCCGAUUAAAACGGUAGACUGGGAAGGGAAAGUUGCGCUUAUACAAUGUGCGAAGGCAAUGGGGGUACAGAAAUAUGUGUUCUAUUCGAUCCACAACUGUGACAAGCAUCCCGAGGUUCCGUUAAUGGAGAUCAAGUACUGCACAGAGAAGUUCCUCAAGGACUCUGGACUUCCUCACAUCACCAUACGAUUGUGUGGCUUCAUGCAAGGUCUGAUCGGGCAAUAUGCGGUGCCUAUAUUGGAGGAGAAAUCCGUGUGGGGAACCGAUGCUCCUACGAGAAUCGCGUAUAUGGACACUCAGGAUAUAGCUCGAUUGACAUUCAUAGCUCUGAGGAAUGACCAAAUCAUUGGGAAGCUCCUGACUUUUGCCGGUCCUCGAGCUUGGACGACUCAGGAGGUGAUAGCACUGUGCGAGAGGCUGGCCGGACAGGACGCCAAUGUAACCACAGUUCCAGUCUCGGUCUUGCGGUUCACCAGGCAGCUGACAAGGUUUUUCGAGUGGACGAAUGAUGUCGCUGAUAGACUGGCGUUCUCAGAGGUUCUUUCGAGCGACACCGUGUUCUCCGUCCCCAUGGCGGAGACGUACAGCCUGCUGGGUGUGGACCAGAAGGAGAUUGGGAGCCUGGAGAAGUACCUGCAGGACUACUUCACCAACAUAUUGAAGAAGUUGAAGGACCUCAAAGCUCAAUCUAAGCAAACUGACAUUUACUUUUGAAAUGCUAUGUUGUUAUAUACUUGUACGAACUGAUAGAUGAUUGACUAUCAACGAAAUUCCUUCACCUUGUAGUCUCUGACUCUCUGUAAGUUUCAAUCUCAGGUUCCCUUCUUUAUCUUGCUGCCAUGGAAUGAUCUUUGGGCCUGGCCCAAUCAAAUUCGGACUGGGUCCGAGAAUCGGAGUACUUAAGAUUGGGGCGAUGCAAGAGUGGUGGGCUUGCGUGGAUUCCAGUUCGAGGAGCUUUUGGUUAUGGGGGAUUGAUUUGAUUCGAAGAAAUCCGAAAUCCCGUCUGAGAGGGAAAUCAUAGCCCAUGAUUGGGGUGGAAUGUGGAAUAUGUGCAGAUGAGCUUUUACGCAAAAUCAGUGUCGAAUCAUUACAGAAAGUGGGUGGGUUGGUUUGGGUUGGGUCGAGUCAAGAAGGAUCAUAGGACAGUUUUGGGCGGGUAUGUCGAGAAAUUCGUCUCAUGACAAGUUGAGUUCAUAUUGGAUAAUUUAUUACGGGGUGUGAAUCGGGAAAAUUUGAUCUAUGUGUAUAUGUAAUUAAAAAAAAACAUUAGAAAGAA